CCGGAUUGUAGGGUGUUGUUACCUGAGCUGAAGAGUAUUUCCUCAUCCGCCUGCAGACGGAGUCGCCAGGUUCUCGGUUUUCCGAUCAGUCGUCUGUGGUUCAUAAGCGCUCGGGCAGCAAGCAACAGGAAGUGGAGGAGUCAGCUACGAUGAAAAGGAAUGAUGACUACCUGCCUGUCCCUGGGGAGGAGAGAAAUGUAGAUUCUGACCUGGACAUCAGAAAGACAAUGCUUAAGUCCCUCUUUCUUUCUCACUUACAGCAGCUGAAUUCUCUCAACUCCGAUGACGGCUCUGUCCGAGGUCCUCGACCAGGCCUGUACUUUGCUGAUGGCCGGCGUAAGGUGGACUACGUGCUGACAUACCACGUUCAGAAGCCUGGCAGCGUCCGAUGCCAGCCAUCCCACUUUACUGAUAGAAGCAUCAUCCGCCGGCUGCGGCGCAGCCUGAGCAUGAGGAGCAGCCAAGCCCCGCUGCACCCCAGAGAGGACCCGGAGAUCGUAGCUCAGGACCAGCAGGCGAAUUACCACGAGGACGACAAGCGGUUCCGCCGUGAGGAGUUUGAAGACAACCUGAAGGAGAUGGGCCUGGAGCUGGAGAGCGAUGAAGAGAAUAGGAUCCCUGGAAUAGGCUUUGUGAAGAUUCAUGCACCCUGGAAAGUACUUUGUCGAGAGGCUGAGUUUAUGAAGCUCAAAAUGCCCACCAAGAAGGUGUACGAGGUGAAACAAGGCAGCAAUGUCGUGGAGAAGAUCAGACUGUUUAUCCACAAAAUCACAGCUCCACUCCACCCCAACAUAGAAGCCAACAGGCCACAGAGUGUGAAGCCAUUGUCUCAUCCAUUCUCUAGAGAGAAGCAGCACCUGUUUGACCUAUCUGACAAGGACAAAUUCUUUGACAGCAAGACCAGGAGUUCCAUUGUUUAUGAGGUGUUGAAGCGGAUAAGGUGCACCAAAGCAAAGUACUCCAUGGGAAUCACCAGUCUCCUUGGCAACGGUGUUUAUACGUCCGCUUACCCGCUGCAUGAUGGCGACAUUGAUGGAGUGAAUGCAGAGCCCAAUGACAGAAAGCUGCUGUAUGAGGAGUGGGCCAGCUACAGUGUCUUCUACAAGUACCAGCCCAUCGGGCUCAUCAGGAAAUAUUUUGGGGAGAAGGUUGGUCUGUACUUCGCCUGGUUAGGCGUCUAUACCCAGAUGCUGAUCCCUGCUGCCGUGGUGGGAGUCAUCGUCUUUCUGUACGGCUGUGCCACCGUCGACGACAACAUCCCCAGUAUGGAAAUCUGUGACCCCAGGAACAACAUCACCAUGUGCCCGCUGUGUGAUCAGGCCUGCAGCUACUGGAGGCUGGUCACAGCCUGCGGCACCGCCCGAGCCAGCCACCUGUUUGACAACCCUGCUACCGUCUUCUUCUCCAUUUUCAUGGCACUCUGGGCGGUGAUUUUCAUGGAGCAUUGGAAGAGAAGACAGAUGAGACUUAACUACAUAUGGGACUUGACGGGCUUUGAGGAGGAGGAGGAAGAGCAUAAGGAGCACAACAGAGCCGAAUAUGAGUUUGAAGUCAUGCAGAAGACCAUGAGAGUAGAACAUGCCACAAAAAAGGGUGAGAAGGUGAAGCUGACAUGUACAGACAGAAUGCCAGCCUACCUGACUACUGUAGUAAUGAUGGGCUUCAUGAUAAGUGUGACAUUUGCAAUUGUCUUCGGGGUCAUCUUGUACAGGAUAAGCAUUAAGUCAGCACUACACAUCAGUUCCUACCCAGCAGCGCGGUCCAACAUCCGUGCCACGGUCAAAACAACAGCUGCCAUCAUCAACCUCAUUGUCAUCAUCAUCUUGGAUGAGAUCUACGCUGCCAUUGCACGGUGGCUUACAGUGCUGGAGGUUCCAAAGACAGACAAGAGCUUUGAGGAGCGCCUUAUCUUCAAGACAUUCAUCUUGAAGUUUGUCAACGCCUUUACUCCCAUUGUCUACUUGGCCUUUUUCAGGGGAAGGCUUGUUGGACGUCCAGGAAAUUAUCAUUAUGUAGUUGGAUCGUACAGGAUGGAGGAGUGUGCCCAUGCCGGGUGUCUCAUGGAGUUGUGUAUCCAGCUGUGUAUCACUAUGCUGGGCAAGCAGCUAAUACAGAACAACCUAUUUGAGAUUGGCAUCCCUAAACUGAAGAAAAUGCUGCGAAAGAGAAAGUCAGAGAUGGACACCCAGCAGGAAGAAGAGCUGCACUCAACCCUGCAGCGUCAUGAGAAAGACCACUUCCUGGGUCCCUUCAUAGGACUCAGCCCUGAGUACAUGGAAAUGAUCAUCCAGUUUGGGAUGGUGACUCUGUUUGUGGCUUCCUUCCCCUUGGCCCCACUGUUUGCCCUGCUGAAUAACAUCAUUGAGAUCCGUCUGGAUGCCAAGAAGUUUGUCAUGGCAGUGCGCAGGCCUGUUGCAGUCAGAGCCAAAGAUAUUGGUAUCUGGUACAACCUGUUACGAGGCCUCAGCAAGGUCGCCGUCAUUGUCAAUGCCUUUGUCAUCUCCUUCACCUCUGACUUCAUUCCACGACUUGUCUACCAAUACAUGUACAGCCCUGAUGGCUCCAUGCAUGGCUUUGUCAGUCACACCCUCUCCUACUUCAAUGUCAGUGACUUCCCAGAAGCAAAAGGCCCCCUGCAGCCCAUGCACCUUGGCUAUACGGUGGACAUAUGCAGAUAUAAAGACUACAGAGAACCUCCUUGGUCCAACACACCAUAUGAAUUAUCCAAGGAGUUCUGGGCCAUUCUGGCAGCCCGCCUUGCCUUUGUUAUUGUCUUUCAGAAUGUGGUGAUGCUGAUGAGCGACUUUGUGGACUGGCUAAUUCCAGAUAUUCCCAAGGAUAUUAGUCUCCAGAUCCACAAAGAGAAGAUCCUCAUGGUGGAGCUAUUUAUGAAGGAGGAGCAGGGCAAGAGGCUUGCAGCAUGGGACAACCACAACCAAGACAACCACAACUCCUCCCCGUCAGCCGGUCCGAGCCCCCCCCAACGCCGCUCACGUCCCGCCUCACAUAAUACUGCUGCUCACUACUGA